AUGGCUCCCCACGCUAGCUCGGACGCCAACGGCACCUUGAACGGGUCGGUUCGCCAAGAAUCUGCGCCUCUUUUCACCGUCCAGUCUCCCAAUGUGGAGUAUACCGCCGACGAGAUUAAGAGCCGCUAUGCCUAUCAGACAACCGAAGUGACCCGCACCACGGACAACAAACUGGUGGCUACCCCCAAGGCCACCAACUACCACUUCAAGGUCGACCGCAAGGUCGGCAAGGUCGGUAUGAUGCUCGUCGGCUGGGGUGGAAAUAACGGUUCCACCGUCACCGCCGGUAUCCUUGCCAACCGCCGCAACCUCUCCUGGGAGACUCGCGAGGGUCAGCAGGCCGCCAACUACUACGGCUCGAUCGUCAUGAGCUCCACCGUCAAGCUGGGCACGGACGCAAAGACCGCCGAGGAGAUCAACAUCCCCUUCCGCGAUCUGCUGCCUAUGGUUCACCCGAACGAUCUGGCCAUUGGUGGUUGGGACAUCAGCUCCAUGGACCUGGCCGCGUCGAUGGACCGUGCUCAGGUUUUGGAGCCGGCUCUCAAGGCCCAUGUCCGCAAGGAGAUGGCUGAGAUGAAGCCCUUGCCCAGUAUCUACUACCCCGAUUUCAUCGCCUCCAACCAGGAGGAUCGUGCCGACAAUGUCAUCGAGGGUACCAAGGCCUGCUGGGCCCACGUGGAGCGAAUCCAGCAGGACAUCCGCGAUUUCAAGGCUCAAAAUGGCCUGGACAAGGUCAUUGUCAUGUGGACUGCCAACACCGAGCGGUACGCCGACAUUGUGCCUGGCGUCAAUGACACCGCUGAGAACUUGAUCAACGCGAUCAAGAGCGGCCACGCGGAAGUGUCCCCGUCCACUGUGUUUGCCGUGGCCUCGAUCCUGGACAAUGUCCCGUUCAUCAACGGAUCGCCCCAGAACACUUUUGUUCCCGGUGCUAUCCAGCUGGCGGAGCAGCACAAGGCUUUCAUUGGCGGUGACGACUUCAAGUCUGGCCAGACCAAGAUGAAGUCGGCCCUGGUGGACUUCUUGAUCAACGCCGGUAUCAAGCUCACCUCCAUUGCCAGCUACAAUCACCUGGGUAACAACGACGGCAAGAACCUGAGCUCGCAGAAGCAGUUCCGCUCCAAGGAGAUUUCCAAGUCCAACGUUGUCGAUGACAUGGUUGCUGCGAACAGCAUCCUCUACAAGAAGGAUGAGCACCCCGACCACACCGUCGUCAUCAAGUACAUGCCGGCCGUGGGUGAUAACAAGCGUGCCCUGGACGAGUAUUACGCCGAGAUCUUCAUGGGUGGUCAUCAGACCAUCAGCUUGUUCAACAUCUGCGAGGAUUCCUUGCUGGCAUCGCCCCUCAUCAUUGACCUGGUCAUUCUCGCCGAGAUGAUGACCCGCGUCAGCUGGAAGGAGGACAGCGAGGGCUCGGAGUACAAGGGCUUCCACAGCGUGCUCAGCGUGCUCAGCUACAUGCUCAAGGCCCCUCUGACUCCCCCGGGUACCCCCGUGGUCAACGCCCUGGGCAAGCAGCGAUCGGCUCUGAUCAACAUCUUCCGUGCUUGCGUUGGUCUCCAGCCCGAGUCAGAGAUGACUCUCGAGCACAAGCUGCUGUAG